UUGGUAUCUGCGAAAAUAUAAGUGAUAAUAAAUGUGGUGAAAAAAUUAAUGUCUUUUAAUAUUUUAUUUAUAAAUGUGAAAGUGAGUGUAACCAACAGUUUGAAGAAGGAUCCAAGGUACUUUUGUCAUGUUAGAUUUCUAGGCUGACAUGAGGCCAUCCUCUUCUGCUAUAGAUAUAUCAUCUUCUGCUAUAGAUAUAUCAAUUCUCUCCUCUUCUUGCCAUAAUUGAGACUGACUUAAAGCUUUUUUUUUUGAAGAAAAAAAUAGUUUAGUUUCUUAUUUUCUAAAUGAAAAUUGUUUGAUGUAGAUAUUUUGAAUACAUAUUAAAACAAUACAUAUAUAUAUAUAUAUAUUGGAUGAGUUCUAAAAAUGGUGGCUACCGUUGGCAAUGGUAAGUAGCCAAUAGAGGUGGCUAGAGGUGAUUGAGUUUUUUUAUCAUCCAAGGAGAGUGAUGUGGAAUGAUGCGUGCACAUGGAGGUUUUAUUUACAAUUUUAUGGUUUUAUGUCUUUGUUUAUUUAUUUUAAUUAUAGUUUAAUUAGUUGUUUUGUUACAUUUGGUAAUUAUCAACUGAAUCAAAUUAGAACAUUAGACUUGUUUUGGUCAAAUGAAUUUUGUAUAAGACACUGUUCUUGUGAUUUUGGCUAAGGACCCACAUCAACACCCUUCAUGAUGUUUAGUGUUUUUCCCUUUGAAUUAGGAUAUUCAAACCUUCAGCCACAAUAAUGGAAAGGAAGGGGGACAAGGGGUCACCUUGCUUAAGCCCCUUUAUUAAACUCUUGAUCACUGAUCCAUUAGCAAGUAAGGAGUGGGAUGCUUUUGAAAUGCAUUCUUUAGUCCAUUUACACCAUCUCUCUCUUGAACUAUAUAAUUUUUUAGCAUAUGUAAGAGGUAAUCCCAAUUGAUACUCAUAGUCCUUCUGAAAGUCAAUCUUAAGGAUUAUACCUUCUGAUUUUCUCCUUUUCCAGUGAUCAAUGAUCUCAUUUGCAAUAAAGACUCAAUCAAGAAUUUGCCUACCAUGAAUAAAUUGGGUUUCAUCAAUGAUCUCAAGCAAAAUAUUUUUUUACUCUGUUAGCUUUUGAUAAAAUUGUACACACUGCCCCCACCAUAUUUAUAGGUAUGUACUCAUGCGGCAACUUAGGACAGUCAACUUUAUGGGUUGCGCAACAACAGUGGCGUUGAUUCCUCUUUCCAAUUUCCCAUUAAAAUAAAACUCUUUUAUGAAAUUCAUAAUGUCUUCCUUAAGGACUGGCCAGAUUUUUUUAUGUGUGGUGCAUGUAUAAUAAUAAUAAUAAUACUAAUUAAUAUAUUAACUAAUAUAUUAAUAGAUGAUCCAUGUCAUGUAUAAUAUAUAUAUAUAUAUAUAUUUGUUGUGAUCCAUGUCAUGUAUUGCUAUUUUGAAAAUUGUUGCAUCGACAUGGCCGUAUCAUAUAUAUAUAUAUAUAUUACUGUUGUUGUGACUUGUAUCGUGCCUUGAUUUUUUGAAAAUUGUCAUGUCAACAUGUCUGUAUCAUGUCGUAUUUGUGUCUUUUACAUACCUAUGUUUGUUAGCCAUUAAGUGAUGGGCCCUUUCUGCUGAUCCAAUAUUGUGAGGAAAGGUUGCUAUGGACAAAAUUGCUUUAGUAACAGAACCAUUAUUAGGUUGUUAUAGAACUUGGUACUACCAUUUCUGAUGGAUGUAAUAGUAUACGAAACCUUGGAAGUUUGGAAUUACCUCACAAAUUUUUUAUGACGAAUCUGGAUGGGGCCUGGUUGAGUUGAUGUUGCAAUUUUGUUUGUUUGAUAAUCCAGUUCCUAUCUCCUGCCAACUGAUUAAUCACCUAGUUAUUUAGUUAUUUUGUUGUGUGAAUAGCAUUUCUAUCAUUAAGGUUAAGGUCAUUCCUUCAUCUUUUCGUUGUUAUUAAGGGAAAAGUACAUAUCAGGGUUAUUAGGAUGAUUUCAAUGGAUUUGAGAACAACUUCCCUGAUUUCUUUGUUAAUCAAUGAGUCAUAGUCCUUAUUAUAUUUCUGCAAAUUUGACUGCUCAUUAUAAUUUUUAAAUAUAUGAUAUGUUUCUCUCUUGCUAUUUUAAAUUAAAAAAAAAAAAUCUAUGCGUAAGAAAAAAAUUGUAAUCAUAUUGAAUGUGUUUAGAUUUGAAUUAAUGCAAUCUUUUGGGAGCUCUUUCAGUACCCAUUAGAAAUACAUGUUGUUCUAAUCUCUUACACUAACUAGAUCUAAUGUGUUAGUUGAAGCAUUUGUAGAUGGACAAUAAUGAAUGCUCAGACAGUACGACGGACCUAUUUGAAGCAUUUGUAGCACUCCAAGAAGUUGUGUCAUCUAUUAACUAUGUAUGUGGUGUGUACAUUAUUGUAUUACAUGUUGCCUUGGAGAGGUACCAAUCUAGGUUGGAUAUUAAAAGGUCACCACAUCCCUUCCAAGCACAAUUAGACUAUUUGAAUAGAUUGGUGAAAGAUAGCGAUAUUGAUUGUCAUGAACAACUCCCAGUGAAUAGGCGUACCUUCAUGUGACUUUGUACACUUGUUCGAAGUGUGGGAUUAUCUGAUUCCAAAUAUGUCCUCUUAGAGGAGAAAGUUGCAGUGUUCUUAAAUGUGAUUGCACAUGACUAUAAGAAUCGCAACAUCAAGUUCAAUUUCAUGCGGUCUGGGCAAACAGUUAGUCAGUACUUUAACGAUGUCCUUAUGGCUAUUUUACGCCUACAAGGUGUCUUACUUAAGACACCAGAGCCAAUAACUGCAAAUUGCACAGAUGAUAGAUGGAGGUGUUUUCAGAAUUGUCUCGGAGCUCUAGAUGGAACUUAUGUUAGGGUUCGUGUUCCUGUAAUAAGUAAGCCAAGAUAUAGAACACGGAAGGGUGAAAUUGCUACUAAUGUCUUGGGUGUUUGCUCCCAAGACAUGCAGUUCAUUUAUGUGUUGCCUGGAUGGGAAGGGUCAGCUUCAGAUUCUAGGGUACUUAGAGAUGCUGUGAAUAGACCAAAUGGAUUGAAGGUGCCGACCGAUUUCUACUAUCUUGUAGAUACAGGUUACACUAAUGGGGAGGGUUUCUUAGCGUCGUAUAGAGGGCAAUGCUAUCACUUCUCUACAUCGAGAGAAAGGGGUAUCCCAGUGAAUCCUGAGGAGUUCUUUAACAUGAAGCACUCUGCUGCUCAUAACGUUAUUGAGACGUGUUUUGGGUUACUCAAGAUUAGGUGGGCAAUAUUGAGAACUACUUCGUACUACCCAAUCAAGACCCAGGGUCAUAUUAUUACUGCAUGUUGCCUUCUCCACAACCUCAACAGACGUGAAAUGCCAGUGGAUCCAUUUGAGGUCGAGUUAAAUAACACUCCUACACCUCAAUCUAAUUUAGGAGAAGAGUUCAUUAAUAUAGUAGAGCCAUCAAAUCAAUGGAGUGAUUGGAGGGAUGCAUUGGCAAACAUAUAAUGUUUAAUGAAUGGCAAGCAAAUAGAGAAGUUGGUGGAAAUCCUCCGUAGUUGAGAUAGUUUAUUUAAAUAUUUUAUUUGUAAUUAUGAGAAUCUUGUCUAGUUUCAUAAUUGCAAAAUAUGUAAUGAGAAUCUUACAUAGUUGAUACGGAUUUAUUUUUCAAGCUAAUCAAUUUUAUUUGUUUUAAUCUUUAUUUCAUGGAGAACCAUUUGCUGCUUUCAUGAUUGCAUAAUAAUAUCUAUAUUUUAGGUAGAUUGAGUAAUUGUUUAAUAUCAAGAGUGCUUUUUUAUUUUAUUAUAUAUAUAUAUAGUGUCUGCACACUUUUCAAUCAUAUUUUUACCUUGUCCUCCAUACUUGUAUUUUAUAUAUAUAUAUAGUGUAUGCACACUUUUCAAUAAUAUGUGUUGUACAUCAUUAUUAUAGGCAUGAAUAGUGUUGCUACCAGUCGUUCUCGAAAGAAAAGUAAGGGGAAGGCAGAUGCUGGCUCAAUUGGGAGUCGUAGGAUUUGGACGAAGAGGGAGGACUUGUUUCUCAUAAGUGCAAUGAGAGAUUUGUGUAAUAAACCUAAAUGGAAGGUUGACAAUGGGCAAUUUAAGUCGGGGUAUUAUGGCGAACUUGAGAAGAGAAUAGUCACGAAUUUUCCUGGAAGUGACCUUCGUGCUUGUCCUCACAUUGAGUCAAAGAUAAAAAUUUAGA